AUGGGUUUGGCUGAAAAGCUUGCAGAUGUUAGGGAGAGGAAGGCUGCAAAUCCGAUGAGGGAGUUAAAAAUUGAAAAAUUAUGUUUAAAUAUUUGCGUUGGGGAAUCAGGAGAUAGGCUUACCCGUGCUGCAAAGGUACUUGAACAAUUAACUGGUCAGACUCCAGUAUUUUCAAAAGCUCGCUAUACAGUUCGUUCAUUUGGUAUUCGUCGAAACGAGAAAAUUGCUGUACACUGUACUGUAAGAGGUCCUAAAGCGGAAGAAAUUAUUGAGCGAGGACUAAAGGUGAAGGAGUACGAAUUGUACCGAGAAAAUUUCUCAAAUACUGGUAAUUUUGGUUUCGGUAUUCAAGAGCAUAUCGAUCUGGGUAUCAAAUAUGACCCUUCAAUCGGGAUUUAUGGAAUGGAUUUUUAUGUUGUCCUGGGACGUGCCGGUCAUCGAGUUGCAAAGCGUAGACGUGCACGUGGUCAUGUUGGACAUUUGCAUCGCGUAGGGAAAGAGGAAGCAGUAAAAUGGUUCCAGCAAAAGUACGAUGGCAUUAUCUUACCUCCAAGAGCUAAGGAAGUUCGACGAGGUCGACGAAAUUGA